AUGGGUCUUCAAUUUUUGUUAAAGGAAGUAACAAACGACCAUCAUCAUCAUCUUCUUCUUCUCCUCUCCUCCGACGACGAAGCCGAAGGAACCAACGAAGCAACAAACGAAGCAACAGUAAAUGUGAGUUUUUCCCGUGGCCAAAACCUGAGGAGGUCACUUGUGUUGGAUGGAAUAGAUGUAACUGGCUAUCCAAUAUUUAAUGAUGCGAAGGUGGAAAAGGCAAUUGCAUCUGUCGCAGACGAAUGCGUAUCUGUCGCAGACGAAUGCUCAUCUGUUGCAGAUGCCAUCUUCAUCUACAACCAUUUCCUCAAAUCAAACUCCAAUAUCUCUCCCGAUCAUCACACUUACCCUGCCCUAAUCACCGCCUGCAGCCGCCUCCCUUCCCUUCUAUCAAUCGGAAAACAACUCCACGCCCGUAUAAUCAUCACAGGUUUCAACAAUGACAUCUACGUCCAAAACUCUCUCAUUCAUUUCUACGGUUUUGCAGAUGAGAAGAAUAAUGCACGUAAGGUGUUUGAUUCAAUGCCUCAAAGAGAUUUAACCACUUGGAAUUGUCUUAUAGCAGCUCAUAGUCAUGAUGAUGCAUUGAUUCUCUUGAGGAAGAUGAAAUUGAAUGGAAUUGAUGUUGAUUCCAUCACUUUGAUGAACAUCCUGAAUGCCUGUGGGCGAGAGAGAGAUCAGAAAGGCGGAGAAAUUGUUCAUGGAUUAGGUUUGAAAACAGGACUCGGGUCAGAUUCAAAACUACGAAAAUCGGCUAUGGGAAUGUACGUUAAGUGCAGCGAUAUGAUUUCCGCGGAGAAAUUGUUCGAUGAGAUGACGAUUAGAACCGAUGUAAUCAUAUGGAAUUCAUUGAUUCAUGGAUAUGUACAGUUAAACCGUCCAAAUGAUGCCUUGAAGCUUUUCAUGAGAAUGGAGAACACUAUCGAAAAAGAUGAAACCACCGUAGUUAGUCUUCUGGCAGCGUCUGCAGCGUUGCUAAACCUAAAUUAUGGUAAGCAAAUUCAUUCAUUUCUACUUCGUAAGAACAUAAACUACGAUAAAUUCAUCGAAACAGCUCUUAUAGACAUGUAUUCAAAAUGCGGGAACUUAGAAAAAGCCUUAUUGAUCUUCAAGAAUUCGAAAUCAAAAGAUGUUUAUACAUGGACUACGAUGAUCCAAGGGCUAGCUAACAAUGGGCGUGGAUAUGAAUCAUUGAAUUUAUUAAACGAAAUGGAGAAUCAAGGGAUUAAGCCGAAUUCAGCUACGUUUGUUUCUGCACUAACAGGAUGUGGGAAAUCAGGUUUGGUUGAACAGGGUUGUGAAGUGUUUAAGAAAAUGGUGGAGAUUUAUGGUAUAAAACCUAGGAUUGAGCAUUUUGGGUGUUUGAUUGAUCUGUUGAUUGGUUGUGGGAAGAUGGAAAUGGCUAUGGAGUUUAUUGAGAUGAUAGAUGAAGAAGAGAGGAUUGUUGUUUAUAAAAGUUUUUUGAAUGGUUGCAUUGAUGAUUGUAGGAUUGAUCUUGGGUUGAAGUUUGUUGAUGAACUUUGUAAGUUUGGAUUGAUUAGUGAUCAUGAUUGUGAUCAUGAUGAUGCCAUUUUUGUUAUGGUUUCGAAUUUUUAUGCUUUGGCGGGAGAAUGGUUUAGGGUUGGUGAGAUAAGGAAGAUGAUGAGAAGUUUUGAUCUUGUGAAAGAACAGGGUAUUAGCUCUAUUUAG